AUGGCGCGGCAUCGGCUGCUGCUGCUGCUGCUGCCUGCAGCGUCCUUUCUCCUCCAACCGACACUGUCCUUCUCGAUCAAGGGAACAAACCCUGGCAUGCGAUGCUCCCCGGCAGCCUCGAAGCUGCUGAGCAUGCUGAAGCAUAGCAAGGAGCCGAUUGCCGGGAAAGCAGGCCGGCCUGCGAGGCUCAGAUUUUGCCCAUGGUCGAUGUCUUCGGUCGAGAACCAGGCUGAAAGAUAUCUACAAGAGAUGAACCAGUGUAGGAUACUCGGUGAUAGGUCAAAGACAGUCACCAUCUUCUGGGUUGAAGGGGGCAUGCCCGUCAACUACAUGAUAGACAAGUCAAGGACCCUGCAGUUUCAGAAGGGGCAGCUGAUUGUAUGCGCGGAACUGGGCUGUGUGAAGGACCGGAGUUUUAGGAGGCUUAUAGAGAAGGUUAUGGGAGCAGACUUGGAAAGUAUCUCUUUCACCUGCUUCGGGGAUGAGGAGGCGUUUUCAGAGGCCAAGAGGGUGUACGGGUUCUGCCAGCGAGCAGCACAAGGUUGGGAGCGAGAGCAGCCCGUCGACUGCUACAAGAUCUGCCAAGUGAGCUACGACGAGAAUGAGAGGGAGACGAGUAAGGUGCCUGGGUGGAUCGAGAAGUCUAAGGUAUGGAGCCGCCUGCUCUUGACUGCUGCCUCUUCUCCUCUCGCUGGCCAAGUCUUCCCCAGGCUCCCCUGGUUUCUCUCUCGUCGUCUCGUCGCCUUCCUGGGUCGUCUUGACGCGAUUGACGCUAUGCGGUUCUACCCCGAGAGAGUCAGCUCGCAGCUGAACCCUCUACUUGGGAUCGGCAUCCUUCCCCUCCUCUCCCAGCAGGAGUGCCAGCUUCUGAUCGAGGACGCGGAGGAACAUGGGAGGCAGCACGGGUGGACUACGUCGAGGCACAAGACGCAUGCUACCACUGACAUCCCGAUCGACCGCCUCCCCCGAGGAUCGGAGCUGUGGAGGCAGAGCAUCGGGCCCAGGAUCGCGGAGAGCAUCGGGGAGAGGUUCGGGUUCAGAGCAGGAGAGGUUACCCCCGUCGACGUCUUCCUUGUGCGGUACACAGGAGCAGGACAGAACCAGCUGUCGGUCCACAGGGACGGGGCUCUGAUGACUUUCUCUCUCCUCCUGAACGAGGCGUCUGACUUCCAAGGAGGAGGGACGUUCUUCGAGGAAGACGGGCUGGUGUUCCGCCAUGAGCAGGGAGUCGCCGUGCUGCACAGCGGAAAGAUUCGCCAUGGCGGCUAUCCGAUCUCCUCCGGCAGUCGGUACAUCCUCGUGGGGUUCUGCCUGGUAGAGUCAGAAAAGUUGACGCCGCUGCUCAAGGAGUGGAGGUGGGGAGACCCGCGCUGGUACUUGAGCUCGAGCAUCGUCAGUGACGAAGAGGUUCUGAACCGGAUCUACGACCCUCGCCGGUCCGCUGCUCCUCCUCUCGCUCAGCCGGCCGAUGUGGCAGCAGGGGGGGAGGAGGCGCCGCGUGCUGUGCGAGGAGCUGAAAAUCCCAAGUACCGACAAGCCGCUGAGAGCAUCGCGAGGAAGGUGUGGGGGCGACCGGCUGCUGCUGGUAGUCUGGAGAAGGGGGAGAAUGGGGCGAGCUACGAGGAGACGCUGGGAGAGGGGAGGACCGUCCGAUGCUUCUCGGAUUCGGCGGAGGGAGACCUCUCCUGCCUGCUCUUGGAGGGCGAGCGAACCAUCGGGCAUGUGCUCGCAAAGGACGCGGGAAUGAGCGACGAGGAGCUGGGGGAGACGAUUCGACGGCUAUUCCCGGGGCAGGUCGACAAGAAGGACACCUCGAGCGUAAGGAUGAUCGGUCUAGUUUCAAUCGUCCUAGACGAUGAGUUCCGAGGGAAGGGUCUUGGCGUGGAGCUCAUGAAGACAACGAUGCGGUUCUAUCAGCUCCUCGGUUUCGACUUCAUUCUCCUUCAGCAGCGCGACACCGUCCUCUCUACUCCCCUUCUCUCUUCCCUGGCAUCUCCCUCGGAGCCUCCGAUGCUCCGCAGGCUCGCCGUGACGAGCUCAGAGCCCAGCAGAGCUGAGAACUUGAGGCCGCUGGGCUGCGGCAUCUGCCAGCCUGCGGAGCCGGUGAUGCCGGUGAUGCCGGUGAUGCCGGUGAUGCCGGUGAUGCCGGUGAUGCCGGUGAUGCCGGUGAUGCCGGUGAUGCCGGUGAUGCCGGUGAUGCCGGUGAUGCCGGUGAUGCCGGUGAUGCUCGUGAUGCCGGUGAUGCCGGUGAUGCCGGUGAUGCCGGUGGCGCUGGUGACCGUCGGGAUGAUGAUCCCAUCGAUGAUCAUCGGAUGA